AAAUUUUCCUACGUCGGACGUAGUAAAUUUACACAAAACUAUUAAAUUACAUAGUCAUAUAAAGUAAAAUUAUUAAAAAUAGUAAAACUACUUUGAAACUUAGUAAAUUUACUACGUCCAGCCUAUAAUAUUGCUGUGUAAAAUUACAUUCAAAACAAAUGCCUUUAAUUGUUAUAACCGGUCUUCCGUGUAGUGGAAAAACAAAAAGGACGUUAGAAUUAAAAGAAUUUUUUGAAACUAAACAGGUGACCGUGACUAUAAUUAGUGAGGAUGCGGCAAUUCAGAAAGCUGGUUAUAACAAAAACACAUACUUUGCAGAAUCAAAAAAUGAAAAGGGCGUUCGAGCAGACAUAAAAUCAGACGUUCAACGUUAUCUGAACAGCAAAGAUGUUUUAAUUAUUGACGGCAGUAAUUAUAUUAAAGGAUGUCGAUACGAAAUUUAUUGUCUCUGUAAACUUUAUAAAACACCUCAAUGUACUCUCCAUUGUGAUAUACCCGUUGAACAUGCUUGGUUAUGGAAUGAAAAUAGACCAGAAUCAGAGAAAUAUACUAGAGAAAUAUUUGACGCUCUCGUUAUGAGGUAUGAGGCACCAGACAGUAAAAAUCGUUGGGAUUCUCCAUUGUUUGCAGUUUCACCAGAGGAUGAAUUACAAUUCGAAAAUAUUUAUUCCGCGCUAUUUAACGUUAAAGCGCCAAAGCCAAAUAUGAGCACACAAUGUCCUCUUUUAUCAUCGACAAAUUAUUUAUACGACAUGGACAAAAUAACACAGGAAAUUGUAAAUGAAAUAUUAGCUGCAAAACAAAUUGGAAUUGAGAAUGAUAUUAAAAUUCAGAAAUAUGGUCACACUCUUAAAAAUUCUGGUAAUGCCGCUCAACUCACUAAAUUGAGACGCCAAUUUUUAACCUACACUAAAAUGCAACAGGUAGCGCCCGAUCAAAUAGCUCUUCUUUUUAUACAAUAUCUUAAUAGUAGUUUAUAAUACAUAUUUAUUUAUCAAAUAAUAAAACCUUUUAUCCUUA